CUACUUUCAAAUCGUUAAUGUCAAUAAGAAAUUAUGAAGUAAUCGAACUUUGACGGCUCAUCUUUUAAAAUCAAAGGGGUGUGAUCUAUAAUGUCUGUAAUUAAUAUUUUUAAGUUCAUUGGCUAAUUUCAAGGUUAAUCCAAGUUACUUGUUCGUUUUUAAUUGGUUGAUAUAUUUAGCGAUAAAUUUUAGUUACUUAAAAUAACAAUGCGUUGGUGGGAUAACUUCUAUUGGUUACAGAUGACUAGGUGUUAUUCGGCAAGAUAAAUACGAGUUGUAGUACAGAUGAUACGCAUAUUAAUAGGUGAGAAUGCUAAGAACGUUAAACAGUAACCUAAUAGACUGGAUGCUACCGACUGGCGAUAUUAAGGCAGCUUUUAAUGAUAUACCGACUGGACAUACACCAACUUAUGCAACCGAUGAUAGUUAUAAAGAUUUUUCUAAAUGGGAAAACUUAAAUACUCCAACACCACUUGACAAAGAAUCUGAAAACUAUUUCAUAUAUCCACCGAACCCAGUAAUAAAAGUUGAGCCAAGUGAAGAUGAACAGAAUAUUCAAAACAGAAAUAAUUCACAAUUACUUGAAGUACAAUAUUUAAAACCGUUGGCUACCAAUACAAAUGAUCAAACAGUCACUCAACCGCAAACUCAGUCUCCUUUGGUUUAUUUGAAUUUAGAAUCACAUCCGAAUUCAUCUAAUACUGAAGAAAUAAAAUUAGAAAUAUUGAAUGGAACAGUAUCAUUGGAAUCCCACACGACUCCAAUUAAAAAUUAUAACUCAAAUGCUAUAUUUGAUCACUGGUCAACCGAUUCUUUAUUAAACUCGACGAAAUUUAAUACUGAUACUGUCUCCUCUAACUAUAGAAACCUAUAUGAUAAUACAUAUAACAUACCAGAAAAUCAAACACCAUGGUCUACAUAUCAAACUAGUGAUAUUGUUAUUAUUCCAACUAUCGAUGGUAAUAGUAAUCAUAAUGGAAUUAUCAGUGAUCAGCGAAGCUAUAUAACUCCAGAAAGAGUUCCCACCUGUUCUACAUGCUCUGUAUUAAAUAAAGUAAUAGAUAAUAAAUUUGAUUUUAAUCAGUGUAAAAGUGAAUAUUAUUACAAUACCAUACAGACUGAACCAAAAUCUAUUCAUAACAAAUGUCAAAAAUUAUCUGAUCAACAGAAACCAUUUAUAUGUGGUAUAUCAAGUUGCAACAAACGUUUUGUUCGAAUUGAUGAGCUUAAACGUCAUCAACGUACACAUAGUGGAAUUAAACAGUUUAUAUGUGAUAUUUGUGGAAAAGGAUUUACACGAAGUGAUCAUUUGAUGACACAUCGUCGUACACAUACUGGUGAACGACCAUAUGAAUGCAAAAUAUGUGACAGACGAUUUGCACGUUCCGAUGAACGUAAUCGUCAUACUAAAACACAUAUGCGUGAUAAACCAAGAAGAGGACGUAAACCUAGAAAUGCAUCUAUUCCUUCUUUAACAACAUUAUCAUCAUCGUCAUCAAAAGAAGUAUUAGUAUCAACUAACUUUCCUAAUUACAAUGUACAUCCAUAUUAUUCUAUGCCAUCGGACCAUAUAUCAUUUAUGCACAGAAAUACCACUAAUAACAACGAUGUGUAGUUGUAUAAAACACUAAACGCACAACGAUAAUACCCCACCCUCUCUAUAUCUGCCUAUCAGUUUGUACAGCCCUAACUCCCGAAACUCCUCAUUCAAACCCAAUUAUUGCAAGAUAAUUUUGAUUUCAUGUAGAUAAUGAUUUUGAUUAUAUGGAUCUUUAACACAUCCUAUGUUUUAUGCAUUUGACCUACCACUACUCUACUCAAUCACUCAUUACCUCCUUGAUAUCUCAUUGAAUCCAGAUGAACUAUUUCGAUUCGCUAUACUCCCAAGCAAUCCUCAUCACCUAGAACUAUAUAUCAAAUGCCUUUAUUACUGCUUUUAUUAUUUUCAUCAUCACCACUGUUAUUUUUUAUUUCAUAUUAAUUAAAAACAAAAGUAAAUUGAA